CAAGUCCAAGAGUUUUCUAAAAGGAAACAGCACAUUUGGCUUAACUGUCACUUUUGGUGAAGUAUUUGUGAAAGAAAUCUCUGAUUCAUCAGUUCGACUCUUUCUGUGUGACGAGCAGGGAAGCUGGGAGGAGGAGGAGGAGGGGGGUUCGGGGGAACUGACAGCAGAUGCCUUUGCAGCAGAGAGGACCAAGGAGGACGUUAGCGCGCGCGCGUGUGUGUGUGUGUGUAUGUGUGUGUGUGUGUGCUGUUGCGGGAUAAAAUGCGGAUAGGACUGUGCUUGAACACCGCUUUGGCGACGUUUAAACUGCCGGAUAUCGCGAAUGUAGCUGCUAAGCUAUCUAGAGAAGUCUUGGAGUAAAAACGCCGGCAAUCUGUAGGCUACAACCGCAGAGGAAAUCCUCAACUAGUUUAAAUAAGAUGCAUGGGACGAUUUGGAUGGUGCACUCGUCCAAGACUGCCUCACUUCUGAAUGAAAUGUAGUGUGUUGCUACCAUUCUUUUCCUGAUUGACACAACUGGGAUAUUCUGUUGAGAUUUAUCACCCACAACUUUGCUAACGAUGGAAAUUGGAGUUUUUCAGCCCUGUCUGGAUCAAUUCAUGCUGAGCCCACUUGUCACUUGGGUGAAGACGUUCAUGCCACAUGAUGGGGGCAUGCACGUGGACUUUUCUGAAUUACUGGAUGGAGUUUUUUUGAAUGACAUAAUGACACAAAUAAAUCCCUCGGCUACACCUCAGGGUGCAAACAAAGUAAGCAGGGAUCCCAGUCAGAGAAUCCAGAACCUAAACUUCCUUGUCCAGCAAAUCAAGACGUAUUAUAUGGAUAAUCUGAGACAAUUAAUCAUGAUUCCUUUGCCAAACGUGUUGAUGCUAGGCAGGAAUCCUCACUGUGAACAAAGUCUGGCGGAAAUGAAGAAGCUUUUGCUGCUGCUGCUGGGAUGUGCAGUUCAGUGUGAGAAAAAAGAGGAGUACAUCGAGAGGAUCCGGAUGCUUGACUUUGACACAAAAGCUGCUAUAGCUGCACAUAUUCAGGAGUUGACUCAUAGUCAGGAGAACGUGCUGGAUCUGCAGUGGUUGGAAUCCAGCGAGGUGCACCCAGAUGAGCUGGAGGACGUAGCGAGGAAUAUGGCCACGCACCUCAGACAACUGCUGAACCAGAGGGACACCCAUCUAGAGACUAUAGCAGAGCUAAUGCAGGAAAAGGAAGGUGUUGUUAGCUUGCUCAAUACCCCCUCCAGCCCACAGUCUGGCAGCUACUCUCCCAGCAUGCAGCAGACAGGGACGCAGCAACACCUGGCUGUGGAGCUGGCUGAUUCUAAGGCCAAGAUUAGACGACUUAGACAAGAACUAGAGGAGAAGAGUGAGCAGAUGCUGGACAGCAGACAUGAGCUGGAGAAUAUGGAGGCAGAGCUGAAGAGGAUCCAGCAGGAGAACUCCCAGCUGCUUGUAGACGCCCGCGCAUCCCGCACCUACCGUGACGAGCUGGACGCCCUGAGAGAGAGAGCCAUGAAGGCGGACAAGCUGGAGAGCGAAGUGGGACGCUACAGGGAGCAACUGCACAAGAUGGAGUUCUACAAAGCCAACGUGGAGGAGCUAAAGGAGGAUAACAGGGUGCUACAGGAGACCAAAGAGGUGUUGGAGGAUCAGUUGGCGGGCUGGAGGGCACGCUCCGAUAAAAUCCACCAGCUUGAGAAGCACAGUCUGCUGUUGACGGCCCGGGUCCACGACAUGGAACAGGAGAGGAAUGCAGAUCGGAGGCGCAUUGAGGAUCUGCAGGAGGAAAACCUGGCUCUCUGUUUGGCCCAAAGGAGGAGCAUGGAAGAGUCCCAGCAUCUGGGUUGGGAGUUAGAGCAGCUCUCCAAGACCACUGAGAACUCCCCGGGCCAGCAGACUUUGAGCGAGGAGGUGAGUGAGAGGACCUGCAGUCGGCUGCUGAAGCUGGAGAAGGAGAACCAAAGUCUCUUAAGGUGCAUAGAGGAAUUCAGAGCUGCCUCUAUUAACAACAGUGUGCAGCCCAAACAUGGCCACCACCUCCAGUGUGAACAUGUCUGCAAGGUGGUCUGCAGCACCAACAACUGUACCUCGUCAACAGAUGAACCCACAGGGUUGCAAACCACCUGCUCACAUAUAGAAAACCACACUAAUGUAUUCCCGCUCAGCACAGUAACACAGCAGAUGCUGAAUGGAGGGUCACACUGCCAUCAGCCACUCCUUGCAGAAGGAGAGCUGGAGGGAGUCCAGAGUGAGAGCCUUCUUACCAAGAAGCCAGACCUUCAUAUUAAGGAGAAAGGACAGUUAGAGGAUGGAGAUCAUUUCAAAGAACUGAUGUCUGAUCUGGAAGUUUUAGAAAACAAUCACAAUAGGCUCCAUUGUUUUGUUGGAUCAGGGGAUGGCUCCCCUGGCUCAAAGAGCAGCAGUCCCUGCCAUGACAGCAUCUUCACAGGUCUGCCAACACGUUCCUCCUAUGCCAGCAAGCAAACGCAGCGACUGGAGGCCAAGUGCAGGGCCCUAGACACAGUUAACCAGCAUCUACAGACUUCCCUUGAUAACACUGACCGUAAAGUUCAGCGCCUGGAGGCAGAGGUUCAGGAGCUGGAAGCAGAGAACCAGAGUCUGCAGGCCACUUUAGAAGAACUUCGGAUCUCUGCACGGCGCUUGGAGCAACUGGAAACAGAGAAGCAAAGCCUGGAGCAAGAAACCACAGUCCUGGAGAGGGAAAAGAGGCAGCUAGAGAAAGAGAAUCGACGACUCCGCCAACAGACUGAAAUCCAGGAAGCCAACUUAGACAGCAGCAAUGUCUCUAUUGCCAGCUUGGAAAGGGAGAUGCUUUUUCUUGUAAAGGAGGUGGAGGGGUUAAGAGAGACUGCUGAGAGGGUGAAAGGCCUGGAGAGAGACAACAGAGAACUGAGCAAGCAAGCUGCUAUCGACCAGAGGACCCUGGCCACCCUCAGAGAGGAGCUGGUGAGCGAGAAGCUAAAGACCCAGCAGAGAAACAAUGAACUGGAGAGGCUUGCCCAUGAUUUGGAAAUGAAGGCCCUGAGCCAGGAGAGUGCAGAGCAGGAUGAACAAGAGGCUCCAGACACCAGUAGGUUUAAGAUGCUGGAGUCGGAAUUAGAGUCGUCUCUAAAAAAAUCUCUUCGGAUUAAAGAGGACAAGAUGGCAGCUUUGAAAGCUCGUCUGCAGGAAUCCUCCACCCUGAACCAGCAGCUGCGCCAGGAGCUCAAGACUGUGAAGCUGAGCUAUGAGGCCUUGCAGCAGAGGCAUGAGGAAGAGUGGACAGCAUCAAGUUUCACCCCUCCCAAAGAGACUGGGAAGGUAAUGAGCGAAUGGCUGCGUGAAAGCCAGGAGGCCACCAAGGGACUGCUGAAGCUCAAAGACCGUCUCAUUGAAGUGGAGAGGAAUAAUGCAACAAUGGAGGCAGAGCGCCAGGCUAUGCAGGCCCAGCUGAGGCAGUUGGAGAGUCAGUCUGACAGCCAGCAGGCUCAGGUCCUCGCCCUGCAGAGGCAGGCCGCCUCACUGCAGGAGAACAACACAGCUCUGCAGACACACAACGCUAACCUGCAGGUGGAAAAAUCCACUCUGAACUCGCAGAGUGCUUCCCUCAUGGCCCAGAAUGCUCAGCUGCAGCAGCACCAGUCGGGGACAGAAAGCGAGCGCGACGGUGCAUUGCGGGAACGCGAAGACCUGCGCGUUGUUCAUGAGCAGCUGUUACGAGAUCACGAGCGGCUGGCAGCUCUGCAUGAGCGGCAAGCUAUGGAGUACGAGGCCCUGAUGGGCAAGCAUGGCUGUGUGAAAAAUGCCCAUCGCACUCUGGAGCUGGAGCAUCGCACACUGCAGGACAGGUACAAUAGCCUGUUGCAGCAGCGUACCAAGCUAGAAGAUCUGGAGAAAGCCCUGAAGGAGGAGCAGCUGAGGAUGGCUCUGGAGAAAGAACAACACAGGACCACUGCUGCUGAAUGUUGCAGGCUCCGUGACGAGAAGGACUGGCUCAACCAGACAUACCGUCAGCUUCUUAACGACAACGAGUUGCUAACGACAGAUCACAAGCAGCUCAAGAGCCAGCUGAAUGAGGCCAAGCUGGAGCAUACCUGGCUGGAGGCCGACUUCUCCAAGCUCAAGAAGGAGUUUCAGCAGCUGGACAUCACCUCCACAAAGCUCACCAACCAGUGUGAGCUACUGGGCCAGUUGAAGGGCAACCUGGAGGAAGAGAAUCGCCACCUGCUCAGCCAGAUCGAGACCCUGAUGCUACAAAACCGAACCCUGUUGGAACAGACUAUGGAGAGCAAGGAUCUGUUUCACGUUGAAGAGAGACAGUAUAUUGACAAACUUAAUGAUUUGAGGAGGCAGAAGGAGAAACUGGAGGAAAAGAUAAUGGACCAGUACAAAUUUUAUGAACCAUCCCCUCCUCGCAGACGUGGAAACUGGAUCACCCUGAAACUGAAGAAGUUGAUUAAGUCCAAUAGCCGUGAGCAUGGUCCCGACUGCCCACCCACACCCACAAACUCAGGCUUUACUGAGCCACACCUCACCUGUCAGGACAACAGCUCCUUCGUCAGCUCAGAUGGCUCUGGAGGCUCAGCCUCGGCAGGUGAUGCCAUCUCACCCCAGCGUAAGAGCACGACCAAAGUUUUUCCCCGUAUGAGGAACAGACUGAAGGACAGAGACAAAGUCAAGUCCCUCUUCCGUCGUUCCAUGUCCUUGAGCAGCUUGGCGUACCCCUCGGCCCCGUUCGAGAAGGAUCGGUGGGCAAGAAGCUCGGAGCGGCUCGAAGGGUCAGAGGCAGAAGGACAAUCCUACGUGGAGGACAGGAAGAACGUAUUGUCCUCAUCCCAUUCCACAUCCAUCUUGUCCAUCCUCCACCUUAAUCUUCCCACCACUCCACCAUCUGGCCACGUCCACAUCACAACCACUGACACCACCACCGACCCUGUUCCAGAUGUUUCUGAGCUCUGGGUGACAGACAAGGAUUCAAAUGAUAGCGCUGUGCCAUCUGGAUUUGAGGACGACGAGCCGCAAAAUCACGGGCUGAAUGGCGUCCAGAGUCGUGCCCAAAGUGAGAGCAGUGGUGAGUUCAGCCUGAGUCUGGAAAAUGAGCCAUGGUCAAAUGGCAGCAGCCCUGUCCAGCAGCCUCCAUCCCGCCGCUCCUUCUCUUCCUUCCAGCCCCCCAGUGAUACCUCCACCCCCCAACACACACAGAAGCAGCAGCAGCAGCGGCACAGGGAGAAGGCAUCUACCAUGCCCAUCGCCAACAGACAGAAUUCAGAUAUUCAGUCUACACCACAACAGAGAAAUCAUGGGCUCUCUCAAGACUUCUGGCUCACAAGGGGUACAAAGAGCAUCCGGAGGGGGCCAAGAAGAAAAGUGACGUGUCACUCGUCAGAUUCAACAGGCACAGUCAAAAUGAACCCUGGACCUAAUGGGACGAAUUCAAAAUCAAGCUCUAGCAAAGCUGAAACUCCUCAAACCUUAGCUUGUUCGCCUAUCACAGUACUGUAUGUUCAUGGCAAGUCAUCCUCAAUGUCUGGUUGCCUCAACUGCUUCUCAACCCCUCUGGGCAAAGAGGGGCGACUUAAAGGGCCCAGGUCGCCCAAAAGUCUCCCCCGAGCCAGCAGUGUAAUUUCCACCGCAGAGGGAUCAUCCCGGCGCUCCAGUGUAAACAGUGACUGCAGGUCAACUGUAAAGACUGACCCGCUUUCCGCCAAGGUUUCCGAAGGGAGCGGGGGUCAGGGGGAAACAGUGAGUCAACCUGAACCUGAGACCAACAACAGUGAACCUGAUCCUGAGCGCAUUCCCCCAGUCAAACCUCCCAGAGACCCGACAGUUUUUGAUCCCACAGACGGCCCCAAAUCCCCCGUGCAGGAGUCCCUUUUCGGCUCCUCAUUCACUUUUAACACUGUCUUCUCCAACACGAUCUUCAGUGAUUCUGUGCUCACGACCACGACCAGUCUGGAUGCCCUUGACACCAACCAGACCUUCCUCUGUCUAAAUCCAUCUCUGGUGCAAAACUGUCCACUUGAGAGCCAGGAGUCCACUCCUCCUAAGACACCACAAACACUGAUCAACGGGGAGAAGGAACAGAGUCAAAAUGCAGAACGUGCAGCUGGGAUGGAGGAGAAGGACAAGCCACUUACAACUGCGUGAAAGCCGCUUUCACAUCAUUGAAUAUUGUCACAUUCAAAUAUUGCAGCUAGCCGCAAGUCCACUUCUCAUCACAUCAACUGAAGCACAUGAUUUAAGUCAUUGAUAUGACAUUAAUAUGUUUGCAUUUUAUUCCACUGAUUAAGUAUACAGUUAUCUUAAAAGACGUAAAUAAAAAGACGUUUGGUUCUGAUUUUCUUACUACAGCUUUAGUAACAUUAGUGCACAUUAAUAAGCUUGAGUAAUAGCAAAUAGUAAUAGAGAUUAACAGUAUUAUCUUUCCAUUCUGUUUGUCUUUUUGCACAAAUUAUGUUAAAUAUAACUGAAUGACGUAUGGAUAGAUUUUGAUCAUUGAAAAUUAGAUUGGGACUGUUUACUUGUUUACCUUUACACACUGACAAUCCUAUCAUGUACAUUUGUGUUUGCCAAAACAUUUUGUUCAUUUCCCCUGUUUCUAUUUAUGUCAUGUCACUCAGACAGAACUGUUAAAUUAUUAAAUAUUGGUUGCCGUUUGUUAGAUUUAAAUGUGAGCCUGGAGGAAAUGUGACAGUCAUGUGUAAUAAACUGUAAAUCUUGUAAAAUAGGAUGUGUAUCUGAAUGGUAUAUUCCCUUAAAAUAAAGAAGCCCUCUAUGUAACAUAA